CGUUGAUUCGUCCAGCCAGGCUCGCUUGUGGAAGCAGAAAGUACUGGCACCGGCCAAACAGCGGUCUCCUGCGGUUCACUCAGUCAGUCACUAGCAGAGUUCUAGCGUUCCGGUCGGGUAUCUUGGACGGCAAGACUUCUUGCGCUGAAGAAAGACUUCGGAUUGAUACGUUCGCGCAUGCUCUGGUUCUCCUCCAUGCACAUAUCUAUGAAAGUAGAAAUUUUUCAGAGAACUCAAUCCAAAUAAAUUCGGUCGCGCAAACAAGAACGAUCUACUGUGGGUGCCAUUGGUUUCGUUUUUUACGCGUGAAUCUCAGCUGAUUAUAAAUUUAAUCAAAUACUCCAAUUUUGUAAUUGUUGUGAUAGAUUUGCGGGUUUCAUUGUGCUAUUGAAGAUAAUAAAAUUAAAUUUGUUCGCAAGGUUGUGCUCAGUGAGUGCGUCGUGCAAGGAGAAAGAUCCAAGAGGGUGCUAUCAAUGGGAGUUACACUACGUCCAAUGUUUUGAGUAUUAUUCAAUGCCAUGCUGACAAGGAAGUAAAAGGCGAAUUUUAAAUGCGAGUACCAUUCCGCGAAUAAUGCUCAACUUCAUAAUAAACUUAAAAAAAAUUACCAGCGUAGUUGGGAGUAUUGCGGCAUCACAAAAACAACCUUAUCAUCUGCCUUGUCAUCACUGCCAAGAUUGAUAGUAUUUACGUUAGUUACUCGCAAACCACCAGCCCCAACAGCAUUGAUCUUGACCACCCCAUAUCUAUCAGAUGGCAUCGAUUAAAGACAAUAGCAGUAAACGCUCGAGUUUGAUUACUCACAUUGUCAAAACUAAGGAAAACAAUGCCACCAACAAUGACGCGAAAUUCAAAGUGGCCGAGGUGAACGAAACUAGCAUGGAAAUGGAUCGAUUAACUGGGUCCGGACUAAAAUACUUGCCAAAAUGGCCAGCGGUCAACAUUGAGUUCCAAGAUCUAAGUUUGUCCGUGCCGGAUUUAGCAUCAGGGAAAAAAACGAUACUUAAAGGAGUAACUGGAAGAUUUCAAUCUAAUCAGUUAUCAGCAAUCCUGGGACCCUCAGGAUGUGGAAAAACAACUUUGCUUAACACUCUUGCGGGAUAUAAGUCAGACGCUGCCACAGGGCAAGUAAACAUCAACAAUCGGCCGAGAGAUAUGCGGUUGUUUCGGAAAAUGUCUCGCUACAUAAUGCAAAAUGAGGUUCUAAGUCCACACUUGACUGUGGUGGAAGCGAUGGGUGUUGCGGCUGACUUAAAACUUGGAAAUGAUCUCAAAAAAGAGCAGAAAGACGAAGUGAUAGACGAAAUCAUAGAUACCUUAAGGUUGAAUAAAGCUCGAAAUACAAGAGGUUUGCAGUUAUCUGGCGGAGAAAAGAAAAGGCUCUCCAUUGGGUUGGAAUUGGUAAAUAACCCACCGGUCAUAUUUUUAGAUGAACCGACAACGGGUCUCGAUGAUGCUGCCAGUGUUCAGUGCAUCGCUCUACUACAAAGGAUUGCUCAUUCAGGACGUACAAUUAUUUGUUCCAUUCAUACACCUUCAGCAAGGAUAUUUGAAAUGUUUGAUCAUGUCUAUGUAAUGGCUGAAGGUCAAUGCGUUUAUCAGGGAUCAAGUACUCAUAUCGUACCUUAUAUACAAGAAUUUGGAUUAAGCUGCCCGUUAACUUACAACCCAGCCGAUUUCAUUAUUGAAGUUGUCAGCCACGAAUAUGGCACCGAAUAUAAUGAGAAAAUGGUAGCAGCUGUGGACAAUGGAAAAUCCUUCAGCUGGUGUCCUCAUUCACACCACGAAGACACAGAGGACUCGAAAGGUUCAUCUCUCCUAGCACACUCACAUCACGAAGGGCACACGAUCGAGCAGUUUGAGGAGGAGAUAGACAUUAAACAGUUGAAAUCAAAAUCGAGUUGGAUACAGCAGUUCGCCGUGUUGUUGCGGCGGAUGCUCCUGGAAAUGUGGCGAGAUACGAAUUACAUCAAAUUGAAAUUCUGCAUGACUAUUACAUUGGGUCUGAUAGUUGGCGGACUGUACGAAGGAGUUGGGAACGAUGCCACAAAAGCCCUUUUCAAUUUUGGAUUUGCAUUUGGAAUCACAAUUGCGUACCUUUAUAAGCCCAUGAUGCCGGUGUUAUUACAAUUUCCUACGGAAGUCCGAUUGCUGAAGCGGGAGUACUUUAAUCAAUGGUACAAAUUAGGACCAUAUUAUUGUGCGAUGAUAUGCGCGAAAAUGCCAUUUCAAAUAUUCCUGGCGCUCAUUUAUUUAACAAUGAUCUACUUGAUGUCCAGUCAACCCUUAGAGCUCUCUCGUAUUGUAAUGCUCUAUGCAGUGUCCUUUUUGAUUGCUAUGAAUUCGGAUAGCUUUGGGGUACUGAUUGCUUCUAGGCUCAGUAUUGUGAAUGCCAUGUUCAUCGGGCCGGUGCUUGCCUGUCCCAUGAUCCUAUUGUCGUGCUACGGGAUUGGAUUUGGGAGAGGAGUGUACAUCCCUACGUAUGUCCGGGUUUUGAUGUCCUUAAGUUAUAUACGACAUGGACUGGAAGGUAUUUUAGCUGCUUUGUACGGGAACAAUAGAGCGGAUACAUUUUGUCCGGACGAUGAAGUAUUUUGCAUGUUUCGCAAGGCUGAAUUCCUUCUGAAUCUUCUCGGGUUUAAUAAUCUCAACUACGCUGUCUCCGUUUCGGCGCUCCUAGGAUACUAUGUAUUUUUCACGGUGGCUGCGUAUUAUAUGAUUAAGAGUAGACUAUCGUUCAGUACAUGUAAUUAUGCUGCCGUACAGUAUGUUUCGCAGUUCGUUAAGACACAUUUAAAUUUUGCCUCAUAUAAAUAUUAAGUGGAGAUAAAAGUAAGCAGAUAGAUGGAUACGAAUAUUGAAUAGAUAAGAGAAUGUGUGAUGGCUAUCUUUAUAAGAAUUAGAUUCUUUGGGUGCUAAGUGCUUUUGUAGUGUUAAAAUCAAGACGAUUUCUCAAGAGAGAUUGUAUUAAAUGUGAUUUGAAAUAAGAUUUAUAAUAAUUUUCACCGAAAAGAAAAUAAAAUAAACUCAGAUUAUGAAGGUACUAAA